GCCUCCGCUGGCAGGGAGAACUUGACACUCUCCAGACCCCAGCCAGCAUGGUUGUCCUGAAUCCAGUGACUUUGGGAAUUUAUCUGCAGCUUUUCUUCCGCUUUGUCGUGUCUCAGCCUACUUUCAUCAACAGUGUCCUCCCAAUUUCAGCAGCCCUUCCUGGUCUGGAUCAGAAGAAGCGUGGCAGCCACAAAGCAUGCUGCCUGCUGACACCCCCUCCGCCCCCACUGUUCCCACCACCAUUCUUCAGAGGGGGCCGAAGUCCGCUUCUCUCCCCAGACAUGAAGAAUCUCAUCCUGGAACUGGAGACCACGCAGUCCCCGUGCAUCCACGGAUCACCAGGCUCCCCUGGGCCUCCUGGCCCCCAGGGUCCACCAGGGCUUCCAGGCAAGAUGGGACCAAAGGGAGAAAAGGGGGAGCUUGGCCGACCGGGAAGGAAGGGUAGACCUGGCACCCCAGGUGCUCCUGGCAUGCCGGGGCCCGUCGGCUGGCCUGGCCCCGAAGGACCCAGGGGUGAAAAAGGUGACCUGGGCCUGAUGGGCUUACCGGGGUCAAGAGGACCAAUGGGCUCCAAGGGCUACCCUGGAUCCAGAGGGGAAAAGGGAUCCAGAGGUGAAAGGGGUGACUUGGGUCCCAAAGGAGAAAAGGGUUUCCCGGGAUUUCCUGGAAUGUUGGGGCAGAAAGGUGAGAUGGGUCCAAAGGGUGAGCCUGGGAUAGCAGGACACCGGGGGCCCACAGGAAGGCCAGGAAAACGAGGCAAGCAGGGGCAGAAGGGAGACAGUGGAGUUAUGGGCCCACCAGGCAAGCCUGGCCCUUCUGGUCAACCUGGCCGUCAGGGUCCCCCAGGCCCGCCGGGCCCCCCAUCCGCAGGACAACUUACCAUGGGACCCAAAGGAGAAAGAGGAUUUCCUGGGCCUCCAGGGAGAUGUCUCUGUGGACCCCCCACGAUUGUGAAUAACCCUUCUUACGGGGAAUCCGUGCAUGGGUCCAGCUCCCCGCGAGUUCCUGCGAUUUUUGUGGUCAACAACCAGGAGGAGCUUGAGAGGCUAAACACCAAACAUGCCAUUGCCUUCCGCAAAGACCAGAGAUCUCUGUACUUCAAGGACAGCCUUGGCUGGCUCCCCAUCCAGCUGACCCCCUUCUAUCCUGUGGACUACACUGUAGACCACCGUGGCUCCUGUGGGGAUGGGGUCCUGCAGCCCGGGGAGGAGUGUGACGACGGGAACAAUGAUGUGGGUGACGACUGCAUCAGCUGUCACCGGGCUUACUGUGGAGAUGGUCACCGGCACAUGGGCGUGGAAGACUGUGACGGCUCUGACUUUGGCCACCUGACAUGCGAGACCUAUCUCCCUGGGUCAUACGGGGACCUGCAGUGCACCCCCUACUGCUACAUCGACUCCACACCCUGCCGCUACUUCACCUGAGGAUGCAGGGAGCCGGUGCUCCGCCCUCUUAACCUGGCCGGGCUCCCGCCUGGUGGUUUCCACCACCUUCAUUCAACAGAAACACGGGCAAAC